AUGAGUCGGCGUUCGACCACGCCGACGAUUUGGCAGCGCAAUGGGAGAAAGUUCAUCCAGCAGAAAGAUCCCAGAGUCCACAUCCAGCAGCAGCAGCAGCAGCAGAUGAAGGAGAAAGUGGACCGGGAGCAACAGCGAAGAGCAGCAAAGGACCUGAAGAGAGCCGACAAGGAAAAGAAAAAGGAAAACCGCAGAGCCGCUGUAAAAGCUCAACAGGUGAAGAAGCAGCGUCCGGGCAAAGCGGAGCAGGAGCGGCAGGAGCACGACCAGACGGAGGAGCUUCUCCGGCAGCGGCUCACUGAGGCAUCCACGCAGGCUGCGCAGCUUGCGGAGCGGAGUGCGGCGGCGAUGCCGGUGGACAAGGCCAGGCAGCUGACCUCGCACUUGGAGGAGAUCUCCAGCCGCAAGAUGGAGCUGGAGGAGGGUCUUUCCAAUGUCCGGUUGGAGCUUCUCCGGAAUCAG